AUGAAGAUCCAUAAGAUGAUUCCCAGCCUAUGUACAUGGCAGAUCUCCAUGCUCACUCUUAUCACCAAUAUCCUCUUUGUUACAUCCACCUCUCCAUCUCCUAACCCUAGCCACCAUGAUCUCUUGGCGCUCUUAUCCCUCAAAUCCCACAUAACAAGUGAUGCACUGUCGUCAUGGGAUGCAGCAAGCAACGACACCAGCAAACCAGUUCCUAAUUUCUGCAAAUGGACUGGUGUGACCUGCGGCGACCGUCGCCACCCUGGCCAUGUCACUGCCAUAGAUCUGCAUGGCUAUGGCCUUGGAGGCACCAUCUCUCAAGACAUCGGCAACCUCACAUACCUCCACUUCAUUGAUCUGUCGUCCAAUAAUCUGGUAGGUGAUAUUCCCUCCAGCCUUGGCAAUUGCAGAAGACUUCGUACUAUGAAUUUGAGCAGUAACCACUUGUCUGGUUCUGUCCCUACUCCUCUGGGUCACCUAUCAAAGCUCAAAAUUUUCAAUGUCAACUACAACAAUCUGACUGGCGAAAUUCCCACGACACUAUUUAAUGUCACAACGCUAAUGUUCCUUAGAAUUGGGGGAAACUCCUUUCAGGGCCAAAUCCCCAGCUGGUUGAGCAACCUAACAUCAUUGACUGAUUUGUAUCUUGUGAAUAACAACUUCAGUGGCAACAUCCCUGCAGAUUUAUGUAAGUUAAGUAACCUCACGGGGUUUGAUGUAAUGAAUAACAAGCUUGACGGCCCUGUUCCUCCAUCACUCUUCAAUAUUUCGUCCAUCACUAUCUUAGGUCUUGCCAAGAACCAGCUUACAGGAUCACUGCCACUUGAUAUUGGCUUUAAGCUUCCCAAGCUAUAUGCUUUGGUCACAUAUAACAAUUACUUUGAGGGUCCAAUACCAGCCUCCUUAUCAAAUGCAUCUGAACUCCAAUAUCUGAUUCUUCGUGGAAACCAAUAUCAUGGUUUUAUCCCAUGGGAGAUUGGUAUUCAUGGUAAAUUGAAGUUUUUUUCGGUAGGCCACAAUGAACUACAAACCACAAAGCCUACGGAUUGGGAGUUUAUCACAUCCAUAACCAACUGUAGCAACUUGAAAAGAAUAGACCUCGAACAAAACAACUUUUCAGGUGUUAUGCCGGUUAGUAUCGCCAACCUAUCUCGAAAACUCGAGUGGCUUACAAUUGGCACAAAUCACAUAGCCGGGACCAUAUCUUGGGUAGGGAUGUUCCAAAACCUUACAAAGCUUACCCUUGAGGAUAACCUAUUUACAGGCACCUUACCUAUAUAG